AUGUCAGAGCACAACGAAGACACCCAAGCAAUUGAGGAGCUGCCGAAAACAAAUGAAGAGCCCGGGGGCAGUGGAGGCAACGUGGAGCAGACACAACAGACUGAUCAGACACAACAGACUGACCCCGUCAGCGGCGAUGGCGAAACCACCAACGAAAAUAGCCCAAAAGAAGGCGACCCUCCGGCGAACAAAGGGAGUGACCGUUGGGCUCAAAUACAGAUGUUCAAAUAUGACAAAAAGGGGCUUGGGGAUAGAACCGAAUUGAUCCGCCAGAGACUUGCUCGGCUACAAGGAGAGAAGGAGGACUGGGCGCGGAAGGAAAAGAAGUGGGAGGAGGAAAGAAAAGAGUGGGAGACGGAGAGGCAGCUGUACGAAGAUCACAUUCUAGAUCUUCAGAAGACGAUUAACGACGCCAGCGAAUAUCUCACUAGCAUCAGCGAGGACCUCGUCGUCAAGUUGAAGGUCUAG